AUGACGAUGGUAAUGGAAAACCAGAACCGCCCAUAUGGCGGCAUGAGCUUCGACAAUGUCUACCACCACAACCCACCUCAAUUCACAGACCCCUGGGCCGCUGCACACACCUCCUCGCACUCGACACCGCCAGUCUACGCGACCUCCAUGGGCAACAGCGCCAGCAUCCCUCUCAACGCUGUCAAGCAAGAUGAAGUCGGCCGCUCCGCCGCCAUGUCCAUGCCGUACCCUAAUAUCCCCGUGUCAGCACCCUCACUCGUCCCUGGCAGCAACUACACCACCGCCGGCUAUGGUCCAGAGGUGAUGGGCAUGCAACAUGAGGUUCCGCGCACUGGUUUCGAGCAAACCCCAACAUACACAACCGCUCCUGCCAUGAGCAACUUUGCCCCGGCCAACUAUGCGUCAGGCACAUACGCCCCAAUUCACCCCUCCCAGCCUCAAGAUGUUCGUCGCAUUUCGCUUUCUGACCGUGUGGGAUCCUCUCAAGCUCCCGCGCCCACUCCCACCUUUGGCGAUGCCCUCGAUGCAAGCCGAGGAAUGGUGGCGCUCAGCCAGGACUUGACCCCCCGUAACGUGUACGGUCCUCGCGGGGGACGCAACUCUGCCGAUUCAUACGGCUUCCCUUCGACUCACUCCUCUGCUUCCUCCAUCUCCUCGGGCGGCAACUACCCUUACUACAGCGCCUCCGUAGGCUCUGUGGAUUCAUCCGUGACAGACUACAGCUCGACUACUUCAGAGUCCUCGAAGAUGCCCUCAAACACGCAGAAGAAGCACAAGUGCAAGGUCUGCGAUAAGCGCUUCACGCGUCCCUCUUCGCUUCAAACGCACAUGUACAGCCAUACUGGCGAGAAGCCAUUCGCUUGUGACGUGGAGGGUUGUGGACGACACUUCUCCGUGGUUUCCAACUUGCGCCGACACAAGAAGGUGCACAAGGGUGAAAAGGAAGGCGGCUCUCCCGACGAGGACGAGUAA